UAGUUUGAGUCUACAGGCUUGCCGUAGACAGCGUGGUUCAAUGACAUUUGCUUGCGUGUAAGGCCGUGUACGGGGAAGCCGGCUUGUUGAAAUUUAGCGUGGACGUCGUGAUGGCUUUAUACUCUGUACUCAGGUCCAUAAGAAGAGAUCUUAACAAGGUCUGUUUCUCCCAACGUGUCCAGUCGGUCCAUACAACCUGUCCGCUUCUUGCUGCAGAGAAAGCACUUCUUGUGAAACUGCGGAAGAGCACCGGCUACACCUUCAUCAACUGCAAGAAAGCGCUGGAAAAGUUUGAUAAUGACAUCAAGCAGGCAGAGAGCUGGUUGCACGAGCAGGCCCAGAAGGAGGGCUGGAGUAAAGCGACCCGAUUGGAGGGUCGACGGGCCAGAGAGGGCCUGAUUGGUCAGCUGGUGGGCGAUGGGGCAGCAGUAAUGGUGGAGGUGAACUGUGAGACUGACUUCGUGGCACGCAAUGAGAGGUUCCAGGAGCUGGUGAGGGAUGUGGCGUUCGCCGCCAUGGCUCACCACCGCCGAAAGGCCGAGGGCCAAUCAGGAUACGCGAAGCACUCUCUGUCUGCAGAAGACCUCUCCACACUGAGCGUGUGCGAGGGAGCUCGUCUCACGGACCUGGUCGCCCUGACGAUAGGUCGGCUGGGUGAGAACAUCAGCCUGAAGAGGGCGCUGACGCUGGGGGUCCCGGCCGACUGGCACAUCGGCUCCUACGUCCACGGGCCGGCGGGGGCGGGGGGGGCGCUGGGCAUGGCCAUGGGGCGGUACGGCGCCCUGGUGGUGUUCCGGGGGGGGCGGGGCGACGCGGGGGCCCUGGGCAGGCAGCUGGCCCAGCAUGUGGUGGGCGAGGCGCCCGUCUCCCUGGGCAACGCCGACGACCUGCCGUGCGGGGAGGCGGAGACGCGGCUGCUGCCACAGAGCUUCCUGGCCGACCCCACGCGCACCGUCGCCCAGCUCCUGGCCGAGGAGGGGGCCCGCGUCCUGGACUUCGCCCGCUUCCAGUGCGGGGAGGGGAACGGCCCCGAAGAGCAGUGAGCGACACCCCGGGGUUCCCCCCUGAAAUGUCCCCCUCACUGCCCGAAAUGUCCCCCUCAUCGCCCGAAAUGUCCUCCUCACCGCCCGAAGUGUCCCCCUCACCGCCCGCUCUCUCUCCCAAGCCACGAUCAGCCCAGAAAAUCGCUCAGUCGGUCAGAAAGGCGGCCAUUUUGUUCAGAAUCCAGCUGAGACAGUUCGGUACGACUUAAGCUUUAUGAAUUCAGAUGCUAAUGCAGUGUCUUAAGUCUGCCUGUGUCAUUUUGUGUGACUAUGAACUUGCCCUUGAAUAAAAUCUUCCAUUUGC